ACUCGGGAGCCGCCCUCAUCUGGCUGACGUCACCGAGGAGGAGGGAUGACUCUUAAAUGUGCCCAAAGGAAGCACCGCCGACCGCGAGAACACGCGGGCGACACUUGAGUAUUUUUUUUAGUUUGUGUGUACUGUACCGGGCGGGGGGGGGUCCCACGAUGACACUCGGGAGCCACCUGUGAGAUACUCCCUCAACCUGACCCGACCUACCGAGCUACCGACCGGCUCGGACGCGCUUCCCAAGCCGGCCCGCAGUCACUGCCGCCCGGCUGGCUACACGUCGCCUCGUCGUCUCCCUCCACCGCCAAAGUCUGCGGAAGACGCGACCAUGAGUUCGGAGAAGAAAGUGGAGGACGAGGCGGUCCUGGACCGAGGGGCGUCUUUCGUCAAGCACGUGUGCGAUGAGGAGGAAGUGGAAGGUCACCACACGGUGUACAUCGGCGUGCACGUCCCCAAGAGUUACCACCGCCGCAGACGCCACCGCCGCAAGUCCAGCCACAAAGAAAGGCGCGAGCGCGCCGAUCACGGCGCCGAGGGCUACAAGUCGGACGGCGAAAACGCCGACGACGCCGCCGCCAGUCUCCUCAAGCCGCUCAUUUCCCCGGCGGAGAGGAUCCGCUUCAUCUUGGGGGAGGAAGAUGACGGCCCCCCUCCCCCUCAGCUCUUCACCGAGCUGGACGAGCUGCUGGCGGUCGACGGGCAGGAGAUGGAGUGGAAGGAGACCGCCAGAUGGAUCAAGUUUGAGGAGAAGGUGGAGAAGGGCGGCGAGCGCUGGAGCAAGCCCCACGUGGCCACGCUGUCGCUGCACAGCUUGAUGGAGCUCAAGGCGUGCAUCGAGAAGGGCACCAUCUUGCUGGACCUGGAGGCCUCCACGCUGCCGCAAGUCGUCGAGAUGGUGACGGACAGUCGGAUCGAGAGCGGACAGCUGAAGGCGGACCUGAAGGAGAGGGUCGUGUACACGCUGCUGCGCCGGCAUCGCCACCAGACCAAGAAAUCCAACCUGCGCUCGCUCGCCGACAUCGGCAAAAGCGUCUCCAGCGCCAGCAGGCUUUUUUCCAGCCAGGAGAACGCGCGCAACCUCACCGAGCACCCGGUGCCUUGUUUCUCCCCGCACGAGCCGGAAGACCCCCGCGAGGUGCUGAGGAGCGCCAGCACGGGAUACCUCUGUAGCCCCACCACGGCGCAUCGCACCCUCACCUCCAACAGCCUGAGCGACUUCUCGGACAAGCCGGAGAAGGAUCAGCUGAAAAACAAGUUCAUGAAGAAGCUUCCCCGCGACGCCGAGGCGUCCAACGUGCUGGUGGGCGAGGUGGACUUCCUGGAGACGCCCUUCGUGGCCUUCGUCCGCCUGCAGCACGCCGUCAUGCUGGGCGCGCUCACCGAGGUCCCGGUGCCCACCAGGUUCCUCUUUGUUUUGCUGGGCCCAAAAGGAAAAGCAAAGUCCUACCACGAGAUCGGAAGAGCCAUCGCCACUCUGAUGUCCGACGAGGUGUUCCACGACAUCGCCUACAAGGCCAAGCACCGGCAGGACCUGCUGGCCGGCAUCGAGGAGUUCCUGGACGAAGUCAUCGUGCUGCCCCCCGGCGAGUGGGACCCCGACAUCAGGAUAGAACCGCCAAAGACGCUGCCGUCUUCGGACAAGAGAAAGAACCAAUUUGCCGCCUCGGAGUCCCCGCCCAUGAACGGCGACGCGCCCCACGACGCGGGUCCGGGCGGGGGUGGAGGUCACCGGGUCGGCGAGGAGCUGCAGUGCACCAGAAAGUUCUGCGGCGGCCUGGUGCUGGACGUGAAGCGGAAGUUGCCCUUCUUUGCCAGCGAUUUCUACGACGCGCUCCACAUUCAGUCGCUCUCCACCAUCUUGUUCAUCUACCUGGGCACGGUCACCAACGCCAUCACCUUCGGAGGGCUGCUGGGGGACGCCACUGAAAGCAUGCAGGGUGUGCUGGAGAGCUUUUUGGGCACGGCUCUGACGGGCUCGGUGUUCUGCUUGCUCGCGGGUCAGCCCCUCACCAUCCUCAGCAGCACCGGACCCGUGCUGGUCUUCGAGCGGCUCCUCUUCAGCUUCAGCAAGGACAACGGCUUCGACUACCUGGAGUUCCGGCUGUGGAUCGGCUUGUGGUCGGGCGUCUUCUGCCUGAUGCUGGUGGCGACCGACGCCAGCUUCCUGGUGCAGUACUUCACGCGCUUCACCGAGGAAGGCUUCUCGGCGCUCAUCAGCUUCAUCUUCAUCUACGACGCCUUCAAGAAGAUGAUCAAGCUGGCGCACGGCAACCCCAUCAACGCGCGCUACCGGGCCGACCUGGUCACGCGCUACGACUGCAGCUGCGAGCCCGGCAACGCCACGAACUUGGACGGCGCGGCGGCCUGGACAAACGAUUCCGCCCUGUCGGAGAACGCCACUUGGGCGUCGCUGGUGGGCGAGGCCUGCAACUAUGUGCCGGACAUCACCCUCAUGUCCUUCAUCUUGUUCUUCGGCACCUACGCCUGCUCCAUGGCGCUCAAGAAGUUCAAGACCAGCCGCUUCUUUCCCACCAAAGUCAGGAAGCUGAUCAGCGACUUUGCCAUCAUCAUGGCCAUCCUUCUCUUCUGCGGCGUGGACGCUCUGGUGGGCGUGGACACCCCCAAGCUCAUCGUGCCAAGUCAAUUCAAGCCCACCAGUCCAUCGCGCGGCUGGUUCAUCGCUCCCUUCGGGGCAAACCCUUGGUGGGUGUACCUGGCCGCCGCCCUCCCCGCCUUGUUGGUCACCAUCCUGAUCUUCAUGGACCAGCAGAUCACGGCGGUCAUCGUCAACAGGAAGGAGCACAAACUCAAGAAAGGCGCGGGGUACCACCUGGACCUGUUCUGGGUGGCGGUGCUGAUGAUGGUGUGCUCCUUCAUGGGCCUGCCGUGGUACGUGGCCGCCACCGUCAUCUCCAUCGCGCACAUCGACUCGCUCAAGAUGGAGACCGAGACGUCGGCGCCCGGAGAGCAGCCCAAGUUCCUGGGUGUCAGGGAGCAAAGAGUCACCGGGAUCAUCGUUUUCAUCCUGACCGGCCUGUCCGUCUUAAUGGCCCCUGUCCUCAAGUUCAUUCCCAUGCCGGUGCUGUACGGCGUCUUCCUCUACAUGGGCGUGGCCUCGCUCAACGGUGUCCAGUUCAUGGACCGCCUGCAGCUGCUGCUGAUGCCCGCCAAGCACCAGCCGGACCUGAUCUACCUGCGCCACGUGCCCCAGCGCCGCAUCCACCUGUUCACCUUCAUCCAGGCCUUGUGCCUGGCCCUCCUCUGGGUGCUCAAGUCCACCGUGGCCGCCAUCAUCUUCCCCGUCAUGAUCUUGGCGUUGGUGGCCGUGCGCAAGGCCAUGGACUACGUGUUCUCGCAGCACGACCUCAGCUACCUGGACGACGUCAUCCCCGAGAAGGACAAGAAGAAGAAGGAGGACGAGAAGAAGAAGAAGCAGCAGCAGCACAAGAAGGGCAGCGUCGACUCGGAAAAUGACUUUGAGGCGCAUCGCGGCCUUGCCGCGGCGCGCAGUCGCCGUGCUGAGCGCCGCCCGGAGUCGUCCGCAGCGGCCGACCCGGAGAGAGGCGCAUCGCCUCACGUCCCAAUCCACGGCGACGCCGACGACGCUUUCUUCUGGAAAAAAUCCUCCGAAACCGAUCUGUGAAACCACAUGAAGAGCAACUGAAUAUUUUUCUACUCUCCUUAGUGCUAUUUUUAAACAUUUCUCUAGAAUCGUAAGUGGAUGAUCUUUUUUUUUUGGGGGGGGGGCGGCAUGUGAUUUUGUUUUAAUGAUCAUUUGUGGAGUUUUCCUUCAUUUUAUGUAUAAAAGAUAAUUUAUUCACGUCAGAAUCACCAGCCUAGAUUGUUGAUGCCACCACACAAAGAAUGUUUUCUUCCUUUUCAAUGAAAUAUGUUUUCGAUUGUACUUGAGCAGACUUUUUUUUUUUUUAAACGCAAUCAUCCAAUUGACCAAAAGUUAUUUCCGACGAAACAAGAUUGCUUUUGGGGUGGCGCUAGUGUACAGUAUAUUCUGCAGACAAGACUUGGAUCGCAUUUGCUUGACUGGUCUUCUUUCUCUCCCGUCUUGAUUUCAUCGCUCCGACUUGACUUUUGGGCGGGCGGUCUGCGACCUCUCAAAAAAUCUCGUCCUCCGCGGUUGAUUUCUUCCUCCGAAUGUAGUCCUACCUCAGAUUUCUCCGUCUCUCAUCGUGUGCAAUUAUCUCGGUCAUCGAAACACCGAGUUUGGAUUUCGAUUCUUUUCCAAAAUCUUCCUUCCCAGCGACAUUGCAUUUCCCUCUAAACUGGCUUCAAACGCAUGAUUGUAUUUUCUUGUCGCCCCGCCCUCCUCCCCCCGUUUUAAUAUUGAAUGUGGUUUCAUUUGGGUUCAACGACAGAAAACUCUUUGUUGUCCGUUCGAGUCGUGUCUGCAGUCUAUGCAAGAAGUGAGACGCGCGAAUCCUCAAGUGCACGCGACGCAAACGAGGCCGUUUGUUGUUCAAGCUGCUUUCGACACGAGACGAAAAUCAAAUCAAAGUCUUCCGUGUAAGUUUUUUUUAGGGGGAGAAGUUUAG